AUGCAAUGGCCAGGAAGGCUGGGUAAGUGUCCGAAUCAGCGGCAAAGAACUGCUCACAAAGAAAGAAGAGAAGGCGGCUUCUCCUUUUCGCCAUUCGUGUCACGACUUGUUUUGACAUUGCCAGUCAAAAGCAAGGAGGUAGUUGGGCCUUCUUCUGGCUACACCCAUCGAUGGGCCAUCAACAUCGAUGACUGGAAUCCGGCAGGAGGAUCUGAAGGCAGCGAAUUUCAGUUCCUGCUCCGCCUGAUCAAGGAAGAAAAUGAAAGGAAAGCCGUUUUGCGCUUCAAGUUUCUGGAUGAUCAGAAGCGAGCGCUGAUAUCGCGGCUUUUGGUGCGUGCAUCUCUCGAUUUAGUUGUGAAUAAAACUAAUUUCGAUGGCAUGGAGAUCAAGAGAACCAAAGGAAGGAAACCGUUCUUGGCACAUCCACUAUGCCCAGAAAAUGAGGCACCCAACUGGAACGUAAAUUGUUCUCAUGAAGGCAAGUGGGUUGUAAUGGCCAGUGAAGGUCAUGUAAUUGCUGGCAUUGACGUGGCAGAGUUGCGGCGAACGCGAAGGGAUGGAGAACCCAUAGACUUCCACGAUGUGUUCAAGGACAAUCUGACUUUCAAAGAGUGGGAAUAUGUAAAGACUCAUGGACCUUGUCCAGACAAGGAGUAUGAGGCCUUCUCCCGCUUUUGGUCAGCCAAAGAGGCCUUUGUGAAAGCACGAGGAGAUGGCCUUGCUUAUCCUCUUGGGAAGGUGACUGGAUUGCAGCCCUGA